AUGUCCACCACGGGGGAUGGAAAUCUGGCCCCUGGCGGGCAGGAAGGCCUAGCAGGUGUGGCGGAGGCACAGGCCGGAGCCCGUGACGGUGUGGACCGCAGCUCCGAGCCUCGCAGGGGCGACUCCAUGCCUGAGGCUGAGGCGGGUGGAGUCGUGGGGGCCUCAGGAGGCCAGAGGGAGGCGGCCCUGGAGGGCGGGAACGCUGAGGAGGAGUCGGACAUCGGGCCGGCUGAGGAGGAGGAGGAGCAGGCGGAGGGCGUGAACCGCGUGGUGGAUUCACGCCACUUCCCCAUGACCGGCUUCCGCUUAACGUUCCUGAAUCUGAUGCACUCGAUGCUGAACCGUUUGCACAACAACCACGUCCUAGUGCGGCCAAAUGACGACCACGUGCUGGUCUGGCACCAGACCCGGCCGCGCUCGUCCAACCGCGGCUCAGCCACCGUGGCCGAGUUCUCCGGGGUCCCGGUGCCAUCAGAUGGACCGGGGGAGGGGCAGGCGGAGGAAGCCCCGGCCCAGGAGGUGGAGCAGGCGGAGCAAGCCCAGGAGGCCGAGGAAGCCCAGGAGGCCGAGGAGGCCGAGGAAGCCGAGGAGGCCUCUUUACGGGAGACGGCCACCGAGGAGUCUGAGUCCAGCUUGUGGGAGAUGGCACAGGAGCCGGCCGCCCCUGAGAAAACAGCUGAAUGCCAGGAUGAGAACUCCAAAGAAGAGGCGCAGGCCACCAAAAGUGAGGGGAAAGAAAAGAAGUAUAACAAAAAACAAGAAGAACCAGAAAAGGAUCUGGACCCAGCAAAGGACAGGCCCAGAAAGUCCAGUUUGGAAGACUAG